UGAUGUUCCCUGCGACACGACGGCGAGGACUGCGAGAGAAAAUGGGGGCGAAGCAGUUCUGAGAUCUCGUUGCCACGGCGUCGGAACUUCUCGUUAUGUAGCCUUCCAUCACUCUCUCGCUUUCCUUACGAUUGCAACGAUACCUCACUCGCCUUCUCCCAUUCCGAUAUCUGUUUCUUACUUCACCAUAAACCAUCCGCCAUUGUCCUCCCACUCGCUACUGUACCCUUCGCGCCUACAAGUUGUUUAUCUGCUACCUUUGGGGUCCUGAGAUUUCCAUUUCCUCCCACAAGUUUUUGUUAUUCUCUUUGUUCCGUAACAAUAAGUAAACGGAAUGCGGCCGCUGGGUUCAUAAUUCCUGUUUAACACGUUAAUAGGAGAAGAUGGGAUACGCCAAUGAGCGUGAGAGUGUCUUAAGGUUAUAAUUUCCGACAAGUAUCGGUGCGUAUAUAUUUUAGGCUUUUUGCAGUGCGGAUUUAAAAUUUAUCCGCGUUUUCCAAGCAGGCAGUUGGGUGCAGAAUUUGGGUGAAGUUGCAUCUUGGGUCAUGCAUCUGGUUUUAUUUUAUUUUAUUACACACGGGAUAGAAUUUUGAUUUGAGGAUCAAGGUCGUGGAUAUUUGGACAACUCCCUAAGGUGUUGCUUGCAGGGUCUGUUUGGGCAUAAAAAACUUUCUUCCUUGGCCGAGAAUCCUGUCAGGUUAUCUUACUGUGAGUUUUCUCACAAGCAUUGCAUCUUGUCAGUCGAGGCCAAUUUCGGCGGAAAUUCCUGCGGACAGAAAAUUAUCGAACUCCCUCAUUGGUGUUAUUUGGCGUGCGAGGGGGAAGCAAAAUUUAGGCUGUAACAGGAGAGCGAGGCUCACGUACCGAUGGGUAGCAACCAAUCUCUCUCUCCACUUUGAAUGUCCAUGUACAGAGUCCGACAGCACUCCUUCCACUCGGUUGGGGGGGUGAAGAAUAUACCACUACGACGGGCUAGAAACAGAACGACCACUCUAGAUUUGGAAUUAAGCUCUACAGAAUGGGCGUGGCGGGGUAAACCAGGAAGCUGGAGACAAUAGUGUUUCCUCAGAGGGGAGCGUAAUGAAGGGUAACGCUCCCUCAACAUGGGGGAUGCAGGCAAUCUCUUUUGCUGUUUGGAUUCUAAUUUGUUUGAAGGUGGCAUACGAGUCUUUGACACUUAUGAAUGUGACGACUCUCGACAAAUUCCUAUACGAAGUGUAUCUAUAUUACAAUCCAGUUUUUUUAAUGUCUGCCAUGGUGUGGUUAUGGGGAGUUGAUGUAUGGGUAUUUUUGACCGCGCGCUUCCCUUAUGCUAGAGUGUUUGAACUAGAUCCUAAUCACAUCACACACCAUGAAAUCUGGAAGAUAGCAACAUGGAUGACUGUGGCUGUGAUUACAAGCAUGACUGCAUAUCUAUAUCUUUAUUCACACGGCAUGGUCUCGAUGGCAGCCUCACAACCAGUCUUGCUCUAUGUGACGGUGCCAUUGGUUUUGGGACUGCCUCUGGAUAUGUUCUACAUGAAUACUAGAUUCUUCUUCCUGAAGACUCUAGUCCGCCUUACGUUCCCUGUUCAGCCAAUAACAUUUGCCGACUUCUUUGUGGCGGACGUACUGACAUCUAUGGCCAAAGUUUUGUCCGAUGUGGAACGCUCAGUUUGCAGGAUGUAUCACCGGCAGGUUGCGACUGUCGCAUGGUUAACCGCAAAAGAUACUUGCGGAGGUCACUCAAUGUACAUACCUAUCGUUCUGGCUUAUCCUUACUUGAGCAGGUUGUUACAGUGCUUAAGACAAUAUCAUGACACAAAAGACAAGACUUGUCUUUUCAAUGCAUUGAAGUACACAACAACAUUUCCGGUUAUCUUCCUGUCAGCUCUCAAGUACCACGUGGAGUUGCAAUUCUGGUUCAGUACCUUGUGUCCACUGUGGGUGCUGUGUGCAAUCCUCAACUCCGGCUACUCAUUUUGGUGGGAUGUUACCAAGGACUGGGAUCUUGGGUGGAUGAAGGGUCCGUGGAAGCCUGUUAAACAGUCUCUUCGACCUACUUUAAUGUUUAAUCGACCUUGGGUGUAUUACUGGGCAAUAGGAAGCAACAUGGUGUUGCGAGCGGCUUGGACGUACAAGUUAUCAGCUCAUCUACGUCACAACUUUAAAACUGUCUUCCUUUUCUCCUUCUUGGAGAUGUUGCGUCGGUUUCAGUGGAUAUUUUUUCGAGUAGAAGUCGCUGCCCUCAGGUUGUCGAGUAAUACUUCUAGUUCUUCUAGUUCUCUUUCUCGGGUUACGUCAAUUCCCUUGAAGGACAUCGUAUCCGAGACAGAACACUUGCUUUCGGGAUCAAAUCACAACGUUUAGUUGGGCUCUGUUAUCAGUUUCCCUCUGUAGGACCUAGAUUCAUUCUUUGCUGGAAGUCCAGUUUUACUCUAGGAGCAGUAGUCAACUUUCAUCAGUCAUUGAAUCCUUGUUACGAGGUGCACCAUUGCUUGCAAAUCGAUUUCUUUUCAUGUUUGGUGCAUUUAAACACCAGCAACCUCUUUGAUCAUACUACACUGUACUUUUUAAUCAUUUAAA